CGGUAGCUGCUGCUUGCAUCAUUUCAUUCCCACAUGCUUCCCAGGGGCGCUGGAACCAUUGCACAUCGUCUCACCACGCUAGUCUAGUUCCAUUACAUGAAUAUUUAAGGACCCGGCAUUGACUUUACUAAAUACAAAGGAAGACACCCACUCCGUGACACACUGCCUGUCGUGAUAUCGAUGUCUGCAACCAGGAAAAGCUUUUGGGAAAUACGGGAAUUGUAAUUGCCAACGUUUUUUUUUUUUUGUUUGGUUUUGCUUUUGUUUUUUGCAUUUCUUUUGUGUGUGUGUGCAGGUCUUCAAAACAACAGCUUAUUCCAUUGACCUGCAGAUUUCAUACCCCUAGCAAAAUACAACGAGGAAGAACUGGGCACCUUACCGGUUUCAUUGCUAGUAUAAAUUCUCCGGAUGGAAUGGCUUUCGAGAUGCAACGAUAACAACACUGUUGGCUUGGGUGCAUUACCUAUGUGGAUCUGAUAUUAGCCUACCCACGCCAUCGCUCACCACCAAUCGCUAUUAUUAUUAUUAUUAUUAUUAUAUAUUAUUAUUAUUAUUAUUAUUAUUAUUAUUAUUAUUUGCUAAAGAAGAAAAAGCAAAGCAAUCAUGACAUCGCCGGCUAAAUUCCGAAAAGAGAAGGAGAUCAUUGCUGAAUAUGAAACUCAAGUCAAAGAGAUCCGUGCCCAGCUGCUGGAGCAGUUAAAAUGCCUGGACCAGCAGUGCGAGCUCCGGGUGCAGCUGCUACAGGACCUGCAGGACUUCUUCAGAAAGAAGGCUGAGAUUGAGAUGGACUACUCUCGCAACCUGGAGAAGCUGGCCGAGCGUUUCCUCACCAAGACGCGCAGCACCAAGGACCACCAGUUCAAGAAGGACCAGAACGUGCUGUCACCGCUGAACUGCUGGAACCUGCUGCUGAGCCAGGUGAAGAGAGAGAGCCGAGACCACGCCACGCUGAGCGACCUCUACCUCAACAACAUCAUCCCCCGCUUCGUCCAGGUCAGCGAGGACUCCGGACGCCUCUUCAAGAAGAGCAAAGAGGUGGGCCUGCAGCUGCAAGAGGACUUGAUGAAGGUUCUCAACGAGCUUUACACGGUGAUGAAGACGUACCACAUGUACAACACGGACAGCGUGAACGCGGAGAGCAAGCUGAAGGAGGCAGAGAAGCAGGAGGAGAAGCAGAUCAGCCGCUCGGUGCGCCAGGAGGACAAGCAGACCCCGCGCUCCCCCGACGCCCUUGCCAACGUCAAGAUCGAUGAGAAGCACGUGCGCCGCAGCUCCGUCAAGAAGAUCGAGAAGAUGAAGGAGAAGCGCCAAGCCAAAUACACUGAAAACAAGCUGAAGGCAAUCAAAGCCAGGAAUGAGUACCUGCUAGCUCUGGAGGCAACAAACUGCUGUGUCUUCAAAUACUACAUCCACGAUAUCUCUGAUCUCAUCGAUUGCUGUGACCUGGGAUACCACGCCAGUCUGAACCGCGCUCUGCGGACCUACCUCUCUGCGGAGUUCAACCUGGCGCAGUCGAAGCACGAGGGCCUGGAGACCAUCGACAACGCUGCUGAGAACCUGGAGGCCAACAGCGACAAGCAGCGGCUCAUGGAGAUGUACAACACCGUCUUCUGCCCCCCGAUGAGGUUCGACUUCCAGUCCCACAUGGGCGACACGGAGGGGCACAUGUGUGCUCAGCAGCCCUUGCAGGGCGAGCUGCUCCAGAGGUGUCAACAGCUGCAGUCCCGGCUCUCCACGCUCAACAUUGAAAACGAGGAGGUGAAGAAAACCAUGGAGGCGACCCUGCAGACCAUCCAGGACAUUGUGACGGUCGAGGACUUCGACGUUUCUGACUGCUUCCAGUACAGCAACUCCAUGGAGUCGGUCAAAUCCACCGUGUCGGAGACCUUCAUGAGCAAACCCAGCAUCGCCAAGAGGAGAGCGAACCAGCAGGAGACUGAGCAGUUCUACUUCACAAAACUGAAGGAGUACCUAGAAGGCAGGAACCUGAUCACCAAACUCCAGGCCAAGCACGACCUGAUUGAGAAGACGCUGGGGGAGAGCCAAAGGACUGAUUGCUCCCUUGCCAGUGGAAGGAGGAACUCAUCGGUGCGGAAGCAGGAUGCAAGCCAAGUUAUUCCCCUGAUGGUUGAAAGCUGUAUAAGAUUCAUCAGCCGGCAUGGCCUGCAGCAUGAAGGCAUUUUCAGAGUGUCUGGAUCACAAGUGGAGGUCAAUGACAUUAAGAACUCGUUUGAGAGAGGCGAGGAUCCGCUUGCAGGGGACCAGAAUGACCACGACAUGGACUCCAUCGCGGGAGUGCUCAAGCUCUACUUCAGAGGCCUGGAGAACACUCUCUUCCCCAAGGAAGUCUUUCAGGACCUCAUUGCCGCAGUGUCGAUGGAGAACCUCCAGGAGAGAGCUCUGCACAUCCGGAAGGUCCUGCUGCUGCUACCCAAACACACCCUGGUCAUCAUGAGAUACCUGUUUGCGUUCCUCAGCCACCUUUCUCAAUACAGCGAUGACAACAUGAUGGACCCCUACAACCUAGCUAUUUGCUUCGGCCCCACGCUGAUGUCGGUCCCCGAGUGCCAUGACCAGGUCACCUCCCAGGCACACGUAAACGAGCUGAUCAAAACCAUCAUCAUCCACCAUGAGACCAUCUUCCCUGGGCCCAGGGAGCUGGAGGGCCCAGUGUACGAGUGUGGAGUCACUGCUGAGGAGUACUGUGACAGCCCCCACAGCGACCCCCCAUUAGUGGAAGAUUCCGUGCAAGAUAUCGUCGGCGAACAUCACAACAGCGAGGACGGGUCCUUGCUCCUUUCAGAGUCUGAGCCUAUCGAAGCCAUCGCCAGGUUCGACUACGGGGGCCGCACAGCCCGGGAGCUGUCCUUCAAGAAGGGGGCCUCACUGCUGCUCUACCAUCGCGCCUCUGACGACUGGUGGGAGGGGCGCCACAAUGGCGUGGACGGGCUGGUGCCACACCAGUAUAUCGUGGUGCAGGACACGGAGGACGGUUUCUCCGACAGGGCCAGUCCUAAAUUGGAAGUAGAAGCUGCACCGGACGGAGCACACUCGGAGGAGAAGGUGUCCACUAGGGUCAGCGUCAGCUCUCCCACCGGAGGCCACGUGGCGGAUAUCUACCUAGCGAACCUCAACAAACUAAGGAAGCGCCCGGAGUCCGCCAGCAUCAGGAGGACCUUCCGGCCCAGCGAGGGCCACUGUACAGGGGAUGGGCCCCUGGGGGCCACGGCUAGUCCUAGAGCCACCUCCAUGCCAGUUGGCAGCCUCCCGAAAGAGGGUCUGGAGAAACGGCCAGUCAGCACCCAUGGGGCCCUCAGCUCCAUCACCCGGCACUCCUCCCUCAAGACCAAGGUGGAGAGCCCACAGUUACGCAAAGCAGCCACCGCGGGGCGCUCCAAGAGCUUCAGCAACCACCGGCCGCUGGACCCUGAAGUCAUUGCCCAGGUAGAGCACAGCUCACAGGACAUCGAAGCGACGAUGAACACAGCCCUGAAUGAGCUGCGUGAGUUGGAGAGGCAGAGCAGCGUGAAGCACGCCCCCGACGUGGUGCUGGACACGCUGGAGCCCUUGAAGACCUCUCCCUCCCUGCUGGGACCCACCUCGGAGCCCUCCAGCCCCCUCCACUCCCGCCUGCUCAAGGACUCGGACUCGCACCCCCUGCAGCGCAGCGCCAGCUCAGUCAGUGACGUGCCCAGCUCUUUCCGCCCCUGCAAGACUUCUGCCAAGGCUGCCGCACCCCCACGAGAGGCCAGACCCCCGGUCACCCGGCCCAAACCCAUGGUGUACCACAAGACGAACUCCGCUAGCCCUGGCAUGGGCUCUCCCACCUCCACCACCCCCCCUACACCACCGCCACCCCCUCCCCCCAUGGAUAAAUCAUGCAUCGUGUGAGGCAUGAACCAGCCUGGAGGCGGUGCUGGAAAAGGGGGAACCCUGGGACUGUGGGGGCUUCAGAGAGAGAAGCCCGCCUGGCACUACCUAAUUUCUUAAAAAAAUAAUAACAAAUAAUAAUUCUGUAUAAAUUAGUUGAGUGCCUCUUUUGCUUCAGAAGAAAGUACCCAAGCAGCAGUUCUGCAAUUGUCUAGCUCAGAUGAAGUGGGAACUGCCUCCAUUUCAGGAUUAUUUGUCUCUGCUUUUUUCCUCUGCCUCCCCCACCACUUUGAACAGAAUUGUCUGCCAUGGUCAGGAUAAAGAAACUAAAAAAAGGAGUUUGGACAAUGCUCAGAUUAACCCAGCAGCAGCAGCAGCAGCAACAAAGUCUACAAAAACAAUCCACGGGUUCUGAUUGCUGUUGUAAAAAUGGCCCAUCAGAAGAGAUUUGUUACUGCAGUCUGGGGAGAGAGUGAAGUCUUCAAAAAAAAAAAAAAAAAUAGCGCCAAACAGCUCCAGCUUAGUCUUAAUACAGAGGUAAAAAAAAAAAUAGAUAUAUACUCUUUCUUGAAUUUGGAGGAUUCUUGGACAUAAAAAAAACUAACAAGUGUGUGUUUUUGUUUUUUUUAUUAAUAGUUUUUUUUUGUUUUUUUUUAAACCCGUGCCUAUUUAAAAAUGAACGGGGUCAGGUCAGUGAAGUGUUGCAUUGGAACUUAUUACAGUGGGGUAAAGAAACACACACGCUUGUGCCAAAAGAUAUCCUCCUCCCCUUCCAAAGCAUAUUGACUUGCAAAAGGAGUGCAGAAGACAAGCAGCUUUGAGGAUCCACACACUGUUGCUAGGCGUGGGUGACUCAGCUUCAUUUAAUUUAGCAUGUUCACUGGGCGGUCUACCUGUGGAAUGAUCCUCACUCAGUGGAUUCCAGGCUGGGAUCCCUCUUGUGUAAAGUAUGGACUUUGCAGGACUGAACAUGUUCGUUAUUAACACAUCCUGUAUGAAUUGUGAUUCUUCGCUUGAGCUGUCAUGCUGUGAACUUAGCGCUCCUGCAGCGCUGGGUGCAGCAGAAGUUGGUUUUGCCGAACAUGUCCAUCCUGUAAUAUUUGUAAAGGGACUCGCGGCAGCUUGAGAGAGCAUGCGUGAAAAUGGAAAAAGAAAUAAAUCCAUUCGAUCUUCCAGAAAAAACUAUGGCCUCUCAUAACAAAAUGCUUUUGUAUCUUUGUGAACGUAUAUAUCUGUAAAGGUUUUUUUUGUAGAGACUGGCAAUAAUUGUGCUGAUAACUGGAAUAAUUUGAUGUACAUCAGUGUCACAAAGUGUAACAUUCAUCCUACAAUAACUGCAUUGAAUAGGGCCGAAGUAUAUAAUCCCAGGCUUUAUCAUAUUUAUUAUAAGGGUUCAUGCAAGUUAUGAUUUAUGAUUCUCUCAUAAAUGUGUGUGUGUAUAUAUCUAGAAAAGCAUUCAUAAGACUGUUGUCAUAAAAUAUAUAUUUUGUAAUUUUCAACAGAUUCUGCUGGGAAGAAUGUGAAGGUGUUGACCUUUCACCUUUUGACCUUUAGCACAGUAGCCUAUCAGGAGGCAACGAAAACAGAGCGCUGAUGACAUCAUUUCCUUGCCUCCCCAGGGCGAUCAGUAGACUUGAAAAAGACUACAGAAACUUAAAAUAAAAAAAAUAAAAAAAUAAAAAUUUAAAAGAAAAUCCAAACUAUUACACAACAAUAUAACCACGUAUAGAGCAGAGUUCAUUUUGGUUGGGAAAUAACAAUAAAGUCACUUCGAUUCAGGCUAACAUUGGUAGUAAUACAACUGUGAAUCACAUUGGUUUAAAUUGUGAAUUCUGGGCCCAUACAAGAAACAUGUUUUUUUUUUGUUUUGUUUUUUUUUGAACACCGCUUACAAUAAACCAUCGUUAAAUAUUCAGACCCGGGAAGGAGAUUUCAAGCCACAGCUGAUGAACCUGUUUCUCUUGUCACUGUACGCAGAUCUGCAGCUGUGUUACCGAGGUGAUAACCACUCUGUACAGUUUGAGUUUCUGAAAUCUGAGAUCUCUUGUGUUUUUUUCCCUCUGCUUUUUACAGGAAACUAAUGGAGAAGUAAAUCAGUUUACAAUGUAACCUCAUUGUCAAACAUUUCUUCCAAGCAAUACAGUAUAGUUAUUAUGUUAGUUACUGCUCAGGACUGGAAGCCAGAAAAUGGGAAUUAAUUUCCGUCGUUAUGUGGUCUAUAAUUAUUUUUUCUGAUCCUAAAUUGGUCUAAUUAAAAGAGUAAAAUAUAUGGAUCAUAAAGGUAUAGAAUGGUUCAGUUAACAGGAAUCAUAACAAUAUAUCUAGUGGUAGCUGAUCUCCUGUCUAGAAAGCAACAGCAAUAAAAUGGUCUCAAUCUGUGAGGCCUCCCUCACUAACCUUCCACACAAAGUUUAGUAGAAGUUAAUUAUGUUUGUAGUGAGAUUCAAGGGACCACUAGAGGGCAGUAUAGUAAAAAAUAAAGGAUUUCUGAUAAGGUUCACUGCUGGAAGGAUCAGCAAUUCACGAUUGAUUCCAGUGCUAAAGGGAUUAAAACUUAGACCAUUAAUGAGGUCAUCGUGGUCACCGCUUCCCUCUCCUCUCAACACCACCCCUGUGGAAUUUGCUUUCCUCCACUACCCUGGUCUCUCAUGGCCUGAGACUGUAGGCUGUGUAGCUGAAACACAGACCUAUCCUGGGGAUUUGCAAUAAGGAAAACGAACCGUACAGGGUAGUAAUAACCAAGCUGCUUUAGAUUGCAUCCAGGGACAGCUGAAUGAGAUUCCUCUCUAGGGUGUGACAGGUUUCCAUUACCAAAGCCUAGGUCAGGCACUGGAUUCAAUGAGAAAACACAUCGCUGCUCUGUGAUCAGUGUGGUGCCUGUGUUAUUUGGCGCUGAUCAAUCAAUCUUCCAGACAGAAGGGAAGAUGCUCUGAAAGCCUCACCUGUCCUACUGAUUUGUCUCUGACAGUGAAUUAAAGCACUAUUUACAACCAGAAGUGUACCUGAUGCACCAGGGUUCUAAGGGAUUUGGUUUUGUUAUGCAAACAUCGCAGACAGGCAUCUCUCCUCCCCACAUGAGCAGCGUUUGCUCAGUCAUUAAAUACCAGAGAACCCAGAAAUAACCCUACUUGGACUGGCUUGUUUGUUUGAAUGGAAUUCACAGUGCAAGUACCCAAUCAGCCUGUUCUGUGCGCACCAUUGCGGAAAGCAUGCAUUACGAGAUCAGAAAUAUGUAGCAGGUUAGAAUGCGCUCCUUGUGUGAUGUUCAUCCCAGCCUUAAAGAAACUGGAUUACAGGUCUUCUCUGUUUAUUUAAGAUGUAAGAAGUGAGCAUUAACUAUUAAUACAAGGGGUGAAAAAGCAAUGCCUUUUUGUUUUGUUGCUCUAAGCUGUUCCUGGUGCUGUUGUCAUGCCAACAGUUUUCCAGGUUAACCAUUUUAGCUUUCCAAUCUGCAUUCAGUUCCCAUAAUGCACUUGAAAUGUUCAUUGUGUGCUUGUGUACUGGUUGAGUGGGACCUUUUUAUUUCUUAUUGGUAGUUCUUAUCAACUUAAAAAAAAAAAAAUAUAUACAAAAAAUAGACUGUAAUGCCAAUAUAUUUAUAGUUGUCCAUUCAAAUGUCUAUAUAUUACAUGAAUAAACCUGUGUUCAAAUGUACUUGUAUAUACAAUGUUGUACAUUACAGAGGUACGUUAUUCUUUUGGGUACAAAGCAAUAGAAGUUUAGUCUUAAGAUAAGCCUUAUAUGAGUAUAUGUGUAGUUCUUGUAGUAAACUUUUUUUUUUUUUAAAUAAACAUUGCUUGCUAUAGAUA